AUGGAAAAAAUAGAUUUAUCAUCCAAUUCAAAAAAGAUUGUAGAAUCUUAUGAUAAGGUAGUUAGAGGUGAUCCAAAUACUUCAUAUGUAGUUUAUUCAGUUGAUAAAAAUCAAACAUUAGAUUUAUUAGAUUCUGGUUCUGGUUCUUUGGAAGAAUUUAUUGAAAAUUUUACAGACGGUCAAAUUCAAUUUGGUUUAGCAAGAGUUACCGUCCCAGGUUCAGAUGUUUCCAAAAAUAUUUUAUUAGGUUGGUGUCCUGAUAAUUCACCAUCAAAAUCAAGAUUAUCAUUUGCGAAUAAUUUUGCUGAAGUUUCAAAAGUUUUAAAUGGUUAUCAUGUUCAAAUUACUGCAAGAGAUCAAGAUGAUUUAGAUGUUGAUGAAUUUUUAAAUAGAGUUUGUGCUGCUGCUGGUGCAAGAUAUUCAACAACUCCAAGUAGUGCUAGUUCCUCAACUAAAGCAACACCUGUUAUACAACCAACAGUUUCAAAAUCAAAACCACAAGUUUCUUCAAAACCUUCAUUUGUACCUAAAUCAACUGGUAAACCAAUACCAGCAAAACCAACAACUAAAAAGAUCGAUAAAGAUGGUUGGGGUGAUGAAAAAGAUGUUGAAGAAAGAGAUUUUGAUGAAAGACCAUUGGAAAAUGUUCCACUGGCUUAUAAACCAACAAAAGUUAAUAUUGAAGAAUUAAGAAAAGGUAAAUCGGAUACAAUUAGUUCAACUCCAAAACCAAAUAAAUUAAAUAAUGAUAAAAAGGAAGAUCAAGAUGAAAAAGAACCAAAAUCUUUAAGUGAAAGAAUGAAAGCUUAUACUCCACCAUCAGAUGGUAGAUUAACAUCAUUACCAAAACCAAAAGUGGGUCAUUCAGUAGGUGAUAAAUAUAAAGCUAAUGCGGGAAAUGGUAAACCUGUGUUUGGAGCAAAACCAAAUUUUGGUCAAUCAAAAGACCAAAAUAAAGAUAAAGUAUUGGGAGGAUUAUCAAGAAAUUUUGGUGCUGAAAAUGGCAAAACUCCAGCACAAAUUUGGGCUGAAAAAAGAGGUAAAUAUAAAACUGUUGAAAAUAAUGAUAAUGAUGAUAAUGAUGAUAAUGCACCAGUUAAAGAAGAUUCUACUGAAACUCAUGCUUCUGAAUUGGCUAAAAAAUUUGAACAACAAGCAAACAUUGAAGAUGAAGAGGAGGAAAAACCAGCUAAAUUACCAGUAAGAAAUAUUCCACCACCUCCAAAACAACAAGAAAACGAUGAUGAUGAAGAAGAAGAAGAAGAAGAAGCACCAGCUAGAUUACCAGCUAGAAGUAUUCCUGCACCACCAAAACAACCGCAACCAGAAGAAGAUGAUGAUGAUGAAGGAGAUGAAGAAGAAGCUCCAAUACCAAAAUUACCAACUAGAAAUUUACCUCCAGCACCUGUACAAACAGCAGAUGAUGAAGAUGAAGAUGAAGAUGAAGCACCAAUUCCUAAAUUACCAAAUAGAAACUUACCACCAGCUUCAAAACAGGAAGAAAAAGAAGAAGAAGAAGAAGAAGAAGGUCCAAUGCCAUCAUUAUCAAAACCAUCCUCAAAAUCAAUUACUGCUACUGCUGAAUAUGAUUAUGAAAAAGAUGAAGAUAAUGAAAUUGGAUUUAGUGAAGGUGAUUUAAUUACAGAUAUAGAAUUUACAGAUGAUGAAUGGUGGACAGGUAAAAAUACAAAAGGUGAAGUUGGAUUAUUCCCAGCUGCAUAUGUUAAAUUAAAUGAAGAUGACAAACCAGAACAAAAGGAAACAGCAGCUGCAGCUCCAUCAUUAGCAUCGAGAGAAGAACCUAAACAAAAAACAAAAACAGCAACUGCCGAAUAUGAUUAUGAUAAAGAUGAAGAUAAUGAAAUUGGGUUUAAAGAAGGUGAAUUAAUUAUAGAUAUUGAAUUUGUAGAUGAUGAUUGGUGGUCAGGUAAAAAUCCACAAGGAGAAAUCGGUUUAUUUCCUGCAAAUUAUGUAUCAUUAAAUGAAUAG